CUCUUCCGGGCAUUUUAUUUGGGUGCACAGGCACGUUAUGAAGACGAGCUGCUGGGUUUAUACGUGAAGAAACGGACUUUUCAUCCGAGUAUUUAUGUCUGACCAGGAGGCAUGGAGCACCCAGCUUGUAUUUUGGAGGAGUUGAAGCGGUUUGUCAUAAGCGAAGCUCCGCCCACAGCGUAUUACAUCCCAGAUUUCAUAUCCGAGGAUGAGGAGUCGUACCUCCUUCAGCAGGUCUACAGGUCUCCUAAGACUAAGUGGACUCAGCUGUCGGGUCGGAGGCUCCAGAACUGGGGAGGGUUACCGCACCCCAAAGGCAUGCUGGGAGAGCGGCUUCCCGAUUGGCUCCAGACCUACUGCGAGAAGAUUUCCUCUCUGGGCGCGUUCAGCGGGAAAACAGCCAAUCACGUGCUGGUGAACGAGUAUAAACCAGGAGAAGGGAUCAUGCCCCACGAGGACGGCCCGCUGUACCACCCCACCGUCACCACCAUCAGCCUGGGCUCUCACACACUGCUGGACCUCUACGCACCGCUCAGCAGCACAGAGGGCGCCACGCCGCAGACGGAGGAGAGCCGUUUCCUGUUCUCGCUGCUGGUGAGGCCGCGGAGCCUCCUCAUCCUGCAGGACGAAAUGUACCAGCGCCUCCUUCACGGCAUCCAGGGACACGAGCGGGACACGCUGACCGAGAAGGUGGUGAACCUGCCCGCCGCCGGGGCGCAGCCGGGCGAGGAGCUGAGCCGAGGCACCAGGGUGUCCCUGACCAUACGGCACGUGCCCAAAGUCAUCAAGACGAAGCUGAUGCUGGGGAGGAGGUGAAGAAAGACUGGACCUGACACUCCAGCACAUGGAGUUUGAGUUCAGACGAGUCCGUACUGGAAACGUGUUUCUGUGGAGCUUUGAAGUUUUCCUGGAUGCACCGUGGAAAUUAUUCAAAUUCUGGAUUCAAAGAUUGAACAUUUUAAAGGAUUCUGUGUGAGAAAUAACCAGAACAAAUUACCAGAGAUCACAAUGGAGUCUUUAAGUUUUUCAGUCAGACGGUGGAGCAGCUGUCUGCGUUUGUGACGCUCUAAAUGGAGUCAUUUAUUGUGAAUUCAUCGGAUGCUUGUUUA